UCGACCAGUGAAGAAUUUCUGUCUGCUACCGGGAACUUAUUUAUUUUGUGCCACAACAUUUUCGGCAAAAUGUCGUUGUCCGGUGUACUCCGGAAGCUACCUAAUUUUAAUGCAAUACAUAGCCAUCUAAACUUUUUGGGUCGAAUCGCUCGACAACAACCUUAUAGCAUGUAUCAGCCAUUCGUGAAAGAGCCAACAUACAACAUUGAAAAAUUGAAAGAGUUGAUUGAAUCGGGAGAAGCGAAAAAACGGGAAUUCGUUCCAGUUAAAGCGGCGAAAAGUGAUCAUAAUGUUUCAGUUUUUCAUGAUGAAUUAACAAGCAAAUUUAUCAAUAUGGUUAUGGAAAAAGGACAUAAGGAAAUAGCAACAAAAUUGGUCGAAACGGCCUAUAUGAAAAUCAAGCAGAUGCAGCUCGCAAAAUACUAUAAAGCUACAACAGAUGAGGAACGAGCUGAAAUUGAAUUGAACCCUAUUGUCAUAUUUCAUAAAGCCUUAGAAAAUUGCAAACCUGUUCUUCAGUUAACACCUAUCAAACGAGGUGGUGCAACAUAUCAAGUUCCUAUCCCCAUAAAAGAAAAUCGUGCCCGGUUUCUUGCCAUGAAAUGGAUGAUACUGGAAUCCAGAGAAAAGGAAAGGAAGGUACACUUUCCUGAAAGGCUUGCAUAUGAACUACUAGAUGCUUUCAAUAAUACUGGCAAAGUGGUUAAAAGGAAACAAGAUUUGCAUAAACAAUGUGAAACUAACCGGGCAUAUGCUCAUUAUCGUUGGGGAUAAGUAAUGCCAACAAAUCCCCC